AUGUCUCAAUAUAAAGUGUUGAGCCAAAACCUUGAGAAACCAGACAUCGACGACCGCCAGUACCGUCUGAUCGAGCUGCCGAACGGACUGGUGUCGUUGGUGAUCUCUGACCCUACCACUGACAAAUCGGCUGCUGCGCUGGAUGUGAACGUUGGCGCGUUCCAGGACCCUCCGGAGUUGCCAGGAUUGGCUCAUUUUUGCGAACAUUUGUUGUUCAUGGGCACUUCCAAAUACCCUUCCGAAAACGAGUACAGCUCUUAUUUAUCUAAAAACUCUGGCUUCAGCAAUGCCUUCACGUCGGCGGAGCACACAAAUUAUUAUUUCGAGGUGGCAAACGAUGCGAUGCACGGGGCUCUUGACAGGUUCUCGCAGUUCUUUAUCUCGCCGCUUUUCGACCCAAAUUGCAAGGACAGAGAGAUCAACGCGGUGGACUCUGAAAACAAGAAAAAUCUACAGGCUGACGUGUGGAGAUUGCACCAGCUCAACAAAUCGCUCACUAACAGGGAGCAUCCGUAUAGUGGCUUUUCUACGGGUAACAAGGUCACCUUGGGCGAAGAGCCUGUCAAACGGGGCUUGGAUGUUAGAGCAGAGCUCCUGAAGUUCCACGAAAAGUACUAUUCAUCCAAUAUCAUGAGACUAGUCAUUAUUUCGAAUGAGUCUCUGGAUACUAUGACCAAAUGGACCGUCGACAUGUUCUCGGACAUUGCUAACAAGAACGUGACUCCACCAAUCUAUAGAAACUCUCCGUUCGACUCAGAUACAUACAACGGCUACCUGAUCCGUGCAAAACCCAUAAUGGAGCUGCGGUCUUUACAACUUUCGUUCCCCAUUCCUGACACGAGACCGAACUGGGACUCAAAACCAGCAAAGUACCUUUCUCAUCUCAUUGGCCACGAGUCUGAGGGGUCCCUAUUGUUCCAUUUCAAACGUCAAGGAUGGGCCAAUAAUCUGAGUUGCGGCCACGAAACGGUUUCUGCAGGAUACUCCGCAUUUAUCGUCAACAUCGAUCUCACUCCUGAGGGCCUAAAAAAUUAUACCGAAGUGUUGCAGCAUGUGUUCAAAUAUAUCUGUCUACUGAAUGUAGAAGGUCCGCAGAAAUGGAUAUUCCAGGAAUUGCAUGAACAGAGCACCACUAGCUUCAAGUUCAUGCAGAAAACAGGAGCAAGUCAAUCAGCAAGCAGACUGGCCGGCUCUCUCCAUGGAUUGGAAUAUUACGACACCCAGGGCCAGAACCCGUUGCAGAAAAUCGAAGAAAUUCCGCCUCGUUCAACAAUUCCGUCCGAAAAGCUUCUGAGCACCAUGAUUGUCAGAAAAUACGAUCCUGAAGCAAUUAGCAAUAUUCUUUCGUACUUGAGACCAGACAACUUUCGCGCAAUGUUGAUAGCUAGGGAGUGUCUAGAAGGCGAGUCCGUGUUGACAGAAAAAUGGUAUGGCACAGAGUACCUGCCAUCCAAGAUCGAGCCUCAGCUGUUACAAAGUUUGGUUGAUAUCUACAGUGGUCCUGCUCCGUCAGAAUACAGUUUGCCGGAACGCAACAUCUUCCUCCCAACCAAAUUCUCCCUGGUCGAGCCUCCAAAAGACGAGUCCCAAGGAAUUGUUUAUCCAAAAUUAAUUUGCAACACUUCUGACUCGCGAGUCUGGUACAAGGUCAACACAAAACUUGGUGGACCAAGAUCCAGCGUCACCCUCAAAUUCAACCUUCCUGGAUCUACCUCUACGCCGUUGAAUUCGGUCUUGCUAUCCCUUUUUGUUGAAAUGCUUGAUGACGAGCUUAAUAGCGUGUCAUACCUUGCAAGCAUCGCAGGUCUGCACCACGAAAUUGGUCUUGCAAGGUCCGGGUUGAGUUUAUCCAUCAGCGGAUACUCUCACAAGCUCGACAAUCUUCUGGACAGGGUCACCAACACAUUGCUAAAAUUCACAAAUGACGAGUCUGUGUGGGACGAGUCAAGAGAGGAGCGGUUCAACAUUAUCAAGGAGAAAAUGUUGCGGAACCUGAAGAACUUCGGCUAUUCCGUGCCUUUCCGUCAGAUUGGUCCAAUGCUCUCUGCUCUGAUCAACGAGGACUCCUGGAUGAUAGACGACCAGAUAGACUGUUUUGAUGCCGCGACAUUUCACUCGCUGAAGAGUUUUGUGUCCAACUUGUUUGGUAUCUGUUUUGUUGAAAUGUUUGUGAUUGGAAAUUACAGCAGGCAGGAAGCUUUGCACAUCAACCAGCUGGUGGCUUCCAAAUUGACCAAGGCUCUUUCAUUUACAGAAUCGCAGUUCACCAGAGGCCGUUCGUUGGAUCUUCCUGCUGGCGAGGAGUACCAUUUUGUGAAGAAAAACGUUGAUGAAGAAAACGUCAACUCGUGCGUGGAAACAUUUAUCCAGUUGGGCCACAUCACGGACCAGCGCGACAGAGUGCUUGCCGAGCUAGUUUCGCAGAUAAUUCACGAGCCUUUUUUUGACCGUCUUAGGACCAAGGAGCAGCUUGGUUACGUUGUUUUUUCAGGAAUCAGACAGACCAGAACCACCUUUGGACUGCGACUCUUGAUUCAAAGCGAGAAAAGUACUGGCUACUUGCUUGAUAGAAUGUCGAGAUUCCUGGUGAAAAUCGGACACAAAUUGUCUUCCAUGGGCGACAAGGAGUUUGAAAAGCACGUGAAUGCGGUGAUUACAAAGAAGCUACAGAAGGUGAAGAAUCUUUCAGAGGAGAGGAGUAGGUUUUGGGACUCUAUUGCAUCUGGUUUCUACGACUUUGACAAAAGAGAAUUGGAUGUUGAGACGUUGAGAACAAUCAAACGCCAGGAGCUUAUUGAUUACUACCACAACAAGAUCUUGGACUCGUCGCAGCACGGGAAGCUGAUUGUGCACUUGCAAAGCCAGGUUGUUCCAAAGCAGUCUUUGGUGAGCCGACUCACAAGCACUAUUUCGAAUUUGGUGUUUGAUAUGCCUGAGUACGACUCUGUCGACCUGAGCUCCAACCAGCUAAGUGAGCUGAUAGAGAGUAAAAUUACAGAGGACACUGAGAUUACGAGAGACGUUCUGGAGUCUAUUUUUGACGACUUCACCCUGAUUCCGAACUUCAACCACAAAGAGCAAUUUAUCACUGCUAUUUUGGACGAGCUCAAGAAGGAGUACAAGUUGACCAACACCAUCGACAACGUCGGCGAAUGGAAGUCGCAGGUGCCGCUUACAGGGGCCCCCAACGCCCACAUCCCGGAGAAGUUUAUGGAUGAGGCCUUGCUGGAGCCCAAACUAUAA